GGAACAAAUCAUUGGGAUUGGCUGUCGCAACGCUAUUGGUCGAUUUUUCUCAUUUCCACACGUCUCCCUACGCUGUCAAUGUCAAAUUGAGUCGGUGUUUUGCUGGUGCAGUAUUUUGUUGAAUUUGGAUAAAAUAUAUAAAAAUGAGUCUGGAAAUAGAAUCCAUGGUCCGUUAUGCUUCGCCCAUCAACCCGGCGAUAUUUCCACACCUAACUCUACUCCUACUCGGAAGCGGCAUCUUCUUCACGGCCUGGUUUUUCGUUUAUGAAGUCACUAGUACCAAAAUGUCUAGAGAUCUGUUCAAAGAACUGCUCUUAUCGCUGGUCGCUGCAUUGUUUUCUGGAUUUGGUAUCCUGUUUCUUCUGCUUUGGGUAGGCAUAUAUGUUUGAUAAACAAAUUAAUUUUUAAGUUAGUUAUCAACGGCGAGCAUUCCUUGGGAAGAUUUUGUAUGAAUGAGUGUUUAUAUUUAAGAAAUAAAGUUUUAUUACAAAAUAA